AUGGCAGUGAAUGAGGAGGUGACAAAGCUGAGGUGUGCCAGAGAGCAGGAGACUCCCCCAGAGAGGUGUGACAGAGAGCAGGAGACUCCCCCAGAGAGGUAUGACAGAGAGCAGGAGACUCCCCCAGAGAGGUGUGACAGAGAGCAGGAGACUCCCCCAGAGAGGUGUGACAGAGAGCAGGAGACUCCCCCAGAGAGGUAUGACAGAGAGCAGGAGACUCCCCCAGAGAGGUGUGACAGAGAGCAGGAGACUCCCCCAGAGAGGUAUGACAGAGAGCAGGAGACUCCCCCAGAGAGGUGUGACAGAGAGCAGGAGACUCCCCCAGAGAGGUGUGACAGAGAGCAGGAGACUCCCCCAGAGAGGUGUGACAGAGAGCAGGAGACUCCCCCAGAGAGGUAUGACAGAGAGCAGGAGACUCCCCCAGAGAGGUAUGACAGAGAGCAGGAGACUCCCCCAGAGAGGUGUGACAGAGAGCAGGAGACUCCCCAAGAGAGGUGUGACAGAGAGCAGGAGACUCCCCCAGAGAGGUAUGACAGAGAGCAGGAGACUCCCCCAGAGAGGUGUGACAGAGACCAGGAGACUCCCCCAGAGAGGUAUGACAGAGAGCAGGAGACUCCCCCAGAGAGGUGUGACAGAGAGCAGGAGACUUCCCCAGAGAGGUAUGACAGAGAGCAGGAGACUCCCCCAGAGAGGUGUGACAGAGAGCAGGAGACUCCCCCAGAGAGGUAUGACAGAGAGCAGGAGACUCCCCCAGAGAGGUGUGACAGAGAGCAGGAGACUCCCCCAGAGAGGUGUGACAGAGAGCAGGAGACUCCCCCAGAGAGGUGUGACAGAGAGCAGGAGACUCCCCCAGAGAGGUAUGACAGAGAGCAGGAGACUCCCCCAGAGAGGUAUGACAGAGAGCAGGAGACUCCCCCAGAGAGGUGUGACAGAGAGCAGGAGACUCCCCAAGAGAGGUGUGACAGAGAGCAGGAGACUCCCCCAGAGAGGUAUGACAGAGAGCAGGAGACUCCCCCAGAGAGGUGUGACAGAGACCAGGAGACUUCCCCAGAGAGGUAUGACAGAGAGCAGGAGACUCCCCCAGAGAGAUUUCCCCUCUGGCUACUGAAGACGGACGGAGACAGACGCACCAAAGGAAACGGAGACAGACACACCAAAGGAAACGGAGACGGACACACCAAAGGAAACGGAGACAGACGCACCAAAGGAAACGGAGACAGACACACCAAAGGAAACGGAGACAGACGCACCAAAGGAAACGGAGACGGACACACCAAAGGAAACGGAGACAGACACACCAAAGGAAACGGAGACAGACACACCAAAGGAAACGGAGACAGACACACCAAAGGAAACGGAGACAGACACACCAAAGGAAACGGAGACAGACACACCAAAGGAAACGGAGACAGACACACCAAAGGAAACGGAGACAGACACACCAAAGGAAACGGAGACAGACGCACCAAAGGAAACGGAGACGGACACACCAAAGGAAACGGAGACGGACACACCAAAGGAAACGGAGACAGACACACCAAAGGAAACGGAGACGGACACACCAAAGGAAACGGAGACAGACACACCAAAGGAAACGGAGACAGACACACCAAAGGAAACGGAGACAGACACACCAAAGGAAACGGAGACAGACACACCAAAGGAAACGGAGACAGACGCACCAAAGGAAACGGAGACGGACACACCAAAGGAAACGGAGACAGACACACCAAAGGAAACGGAGACAGACACACCAAAGGAAACGGAAAACCUUUAAAAAGCUUUUUCAAC